AUGGAUACAACUUUGGCUUUUUCAUUAUCAUGGUUUCAUCCAAGAAUUAUAAAAGAAGCUCCUCUGUCAAACAGCUACUUGCCGCCUUCAUCAGGUGGUGGUGGAUUCGGAGGUGGUUCCGGAUUUGGCGGUGUUUCCGGUUCCGGCUUCGGUGGUGGUACUGGAGGCGGAUUCUCUAGCGUAGGUGGUGGAUUUGGCGGAUCCUCCCCUUCAAGCUCCUAUGGUGCCCCAGCUCAAUCUCAGUCUUAUGGAGCCCCAUCUGCUCCAUCCAGCAGCUAUGGAGGUCCAUCUGCACCAUCCAGCAGCUACGGUGCUCCAUCCUCAGGUGGUGGACAUUCUAGCUUUGGUGGUUCUAGCUCUUUUGGUUCUUCAGGUCAUUCCAGCUCAUUUGGAGGCAGUUCUAGCAGUUUUGGUAGUUCCGGAUUUGGAGGUGGGUACUCCAGCUCUCGUCCUUCCCAAUCUUAUGGCGCCCCUGCUCAAGCUCCAUCUUCCUCUUACGGAGCUCCAUCUUCUGGUGGAUACUCUUCUAGAGGACACUCAUCAGGAGGACCAAGCUCCAACUACUUGCCACCCUCUACCAGCUACGGCACCCCAGUAGGCCCAUCCCGCCCUUCCUCUUCCUAUGGAGCCCCAUCUAAACCCAGCAACUCUUACGGUCCACCACCAAGCCGCCCAUCUAGCUCAUUCAGACCAUCUAAACCUUCCAACUCAUAUGGACCCCCACCAUCAAAACCAUCUAACUCCUACGGACCACCACCAAGCCGCCCAUCCAACUCAUACGGACCACCACCAAGCCGCCCAUCCAACUCAUACGGACCACCACCAAGUCGCCCAUCCAACUCAUACGGACCACCACCAUCCAAACCAUCUAGCUCAUACGGCGCACCCCCAUCUUCCUCCUACGGAGCACCAUCAAGCUCUGGAGGAUUCGGAGGCGGACAUAGUUCAGGAGGAUUCGGUGGCGGACAUAGCUCAGGAGGUUUUGGAGGCGGACAUAGCUCAGGAGGAUUCGGAGGUGGACAACCCUCAUCUAGCUAUGGAGCACCUGCACCAAGUUACAGUGCCCCAUCUCAAAGCUACGGAGCACCCGCUCAAGCACCUUCAUCUAACUAUGGCGCACCAGCUCAGGCUCCAUCCUCUAGCUACGGUGCUCCCGCUCCAUCUCAAAGCUAUGGAGCCCCAUCUCAGGCCCCAUCCUCAAGCUAUGGAGCCCCAUCUCAGGCCCCAUCAUCAAGCUAUGGUGCUCCAGCGCCAUCCCAAAGCUAUGGAGCUCCUUCUUCAGGAGUUCAGAGCUAUGCCAGUAACGGAGGAUACUCUUAUUAA